AUGGAUCUUCAUCGAUUAAAAUAUAAUCAGUCAGAAAAGUCAAAUAAAAAAGUUGAAUAUAACAAGAAGAACGAGAAUGAAAAUAGUUUUAGUUCGAAAAUCAGAGUUUUUUGUCACCUAAGCACUUGCAAACUUGAUCCAAAUGAUCAAACGAUCGAUGACUUGAAUAUAAAUUGUCAGUUGUCCGCCAUCGACAAACAUUGUGGUGAGGCCCCAAAAAAAUGGGCCAACAAUUAUUAUGCUCUCUUGAAAAACAUGACUUUCAAUUGUGAAGCGCAUGAAUCCACAGUUCACACAUUACACAGAUAUCAUGUGAUAGAUUUGGAUUUCUUCUGUAUUCGAACACAGUCACUGCAACAUCAUGGUCAGGCAUCAUAA